AUGACAAUCUUGGAGACAGAUGCGCUGAUCGUCGGAGCGGGGUUCUCGGGCAUCUACCUUCUACAUCGACUCCGCGACCAACUGCACCUCAAUGUGAAAAUUGUUGAAGCGGGGUCGGAUGUGGGCGGGACCUGGCACGCCAACGUGUACCCUGGCGCCAGAGUGGAUGUUCCUUCGCCUAUCUACUCCUUCAAUAUCGAGGAGACUUGGAAGGAUUGGAGCUGGUCUGAAGCGUACCCGGGGCAAAAAGAGCUCCAGGCUUACUUCCAACAUGUCGACAAAGCGUUGUCCGUGGGAAAAGACACUUUUUUCAACUCACGUGUAAACUCCGCCCGGUUUGAUACCACUACUGCUCGCUGGACUGUCAAGACAGAGGACGGCAAAACUUUCGUCGCCAAGUACUUCCUUCCUGCCGUGGGCUUUGCCUCGCAGAAUUAUCUACCGACCUGGAAGGGAUAUGAAUCUUAUCAGGGUAGCAUCAACCACACUGCUCACUGGCCCCGUAAUGGGGUCGACGUACGAGGCAAGCGAGUCGCUAUUAUCGGCACUGGCGCAACUGGUGUACAAGUCACGCAGGAGUGGGCCAAAGAAGCCGCUGAAACAUUCGUUUUCCAACGCACGCCUAACUAUGCUUUGCCCAUGAACAAUAAGACUCUAGAUCCGGCUAGUCAAAAGCAGAUGCAGAAAGAUACCAGUGACCUGAUCGCCCACGCCACGAGCACAACGGGUGGUAUGCACUUUCACAGCACGACAAAGGCACUGGCAGACUGGGAGAACUUGGACGACGCCGCGAAACACGUGAAUCAAAUGUAUGAUGAAGGUGGCUUCAAGUUUUGGAGUGCCAGUCUUGCCGACAUCACCAUCAACGAAGACGCCAACAAGUUCGCUUAUGAUAUCUGGGCGAAGAGAGUUCGCGAAAGAGUCCAUGAUCCGGUGAAGGCUGAAUUAUUGGCACCAUUAGAGGCCCCACACCCAUGGGGUACGAAACGCCCAUCAUUGGAACAGGAUUAUUACGAACAGUUCAAUAAGCCGAACGUCCACAUUGUGAACACCAAGGAGCACCCAAUUGUCGAGUUUACUCCCAAGGGGAUCAUGACCGAUGAUGGGAAGAUUUACGAAGUAGAUGCUAUUGCUGUGGCUACGGGCUUUGACGCAAGUACGGGAAGCUUGUCCAGGACAGGUAUUCACGAUCUAGAUGGUGUUGACCUGGGGACUCGUUGGAAAGAUGGAAUUAUCAGUCUCCACGGAAUGACUGUCCCAGGGUUCCCAAACAUGUUCCUGCCUUACUCUAUCCAGUCUCCAACCCCAUUCACCAACGGGCCUGUUUUCAUCCAAUUCCAGACCGACUGGAUCCGAAGUAUGAUUGAGAAAAUGGAGAAGACUGGCAUUCGUUACAUUGACCCUCAACUUAAGGCUGCGCAGGAAUGGCGGGCAGAGGUACAGGCAAUUGCCAACAUGACGCUGUUCCCUAAGGCCAAGUCCUGGUACCAGGGUGCUAACAUACCCGGAAAACCCGUCGAGCAGAUGUACUAUCUUGCAGGAAUGCGGAUGUAUUUCGAGAGAUGUGAAGCAGCUCGUGACGAGAAGUUCGCAGAGUCGUUUGUCAGUGCUUAG